AUGAACGAAUUCGGUUUAGAACAAGGUGUUGGUCUUGCGAUCUCGCACGCUAGUCCUGGUUCAGUCAUACAACCUCAGGGAAUAGCUUCAUCACAACAAUCUCAACAACCAUUCUCUCCAACUGUAGCUACACAACAGUCUAACACCGUGUAUUCUCCUCAAAACCUUAUGCUACAAAACGCUGGACCUGUGAAUGUUGCAGCUUUACAAGCUCAGUUUCAGCAAGGAAGGGCAAUGUAUCAUGCAAACGCUAUGGCAUCAGGCAAUCCUCAAGGUCUCUUAUACCAACAACAACAAGCUGCUGCCGCUGCUAUGGCUAUGAAUAGAAUUAGACAGCAAUCACCAAGUUCACCUAGUUCUGUUCAUCACACCGCUAUAGAAUCACCUAUGGCAGCAAACAGUCCUCAACAACAAUCAAGAAUGAGUACUGAUUUUGGCAAUCCUUCAAUACCACAAACUCAAGGUCAGAUCAAUGGAAUACAACCAUCUCCACAAAUGAAUCGUGUUAUUUCAUCUCAAACGGCCAAUAUCCAUGCUUCUCCUUAUCUCAUGCAACAACAGCAAGUAAAAUCCCAUCAACAGGAAAAUACAACCAUGUUUCAAGGUGGUAACAGUUCUCCCGGUACCGCUGGUUCCAAUAGUCAAUCAUCUCCUUACCCGGCAACUCAGGAUAUACGACUGCCUCAACAACAACAACAACAACAACAGCAACAACAACAACAACAACAACAACAACAACAACAACAACAACAACAACAACAACAACAACAACAACAACAACAACAACAACAACAACAACAACAACAACAACAACAACAACAACAACAACAACAACAACAACAACAACAACAACAACAACAACAACAACAACAGCAGCAACAGCAGCAACAACAACAACAACAACAACAACACCAACCAUCAAUGCAGAACCCGUCUCCUUCCCCUAGACAAACAAAUGAUAUCAAAGCGAUACCAAUACAGCAACAGCAACAAUCAAGCCAACAAUUACGAACGGAGAACAUUGGAGACCAACAUCAAUCCGUGAAUGAAGUCAAAUCAAACCAAUCACCAAUGUCAUCACAGCAAUCAGUAAAUGACGAAACUGCUGGACAGGAACAGGAUAAAAUGAAUGUAGCUCAAAAUAGUGAAACAACACAAGAACAAACGUCGUCGAUAACACCAGAACGUAACCCGCCUUUGAUUACUUAUGUACCUAAAACACGAAACGUAGAAACUUAUGGUGGUGUCGAUUUGAAGUAUUUUGACAAAUUUGAGAUCAAACCCAUGGUGGCUCAAUUACCAGAACUAGGUGCGGUUGAUGUUCAUGCUCUGAUCAUGUCUCUGAAGUCUGGAAUGAAAAUGGAAGUGGCCAACGCUCUGAAUACAUUGACAAUGCUCACGGUACACACACCUGUGUCUCUUGCUCACUGCGAUGAUCUAUUGGAUGUACUAUUGGAUAUUUUGGAUCAAGAUUUUUUCGGCUAUAAAUCAAAGUCUUUUUCGAAUGAUGAUAAUGAUAGAAAUAUUGCGACAGAUACAAUCUCUUCUCCGUCUUCACAAAGACGAUCCAGUAUACCAGAUCAAGUACAAGUCAAUUACGCUGAUCUUUUCGACAUGUCAUUGGAUGAAAUGAAAAGCUUGAUUCAUAUGUUAGAGGAUUCAACAUCGGAAAUAUGGACAUCUCUCAGAGAACGGUGCUUGUGUAUUCUCAAUUUACUACGCAACUUUUCAUUUAUCCCAAACAAUCUGGAGUACUUGGCGAACCAUCGGCGGUUUGUGGACACUUUACUCAAACUAUUGAACUACACACGUGGUAUCAAGGAUGAAGACUGGGAUGACUCUCAUAGAGACCAAGCUUGGUUUGUGGGUGUGCGGCGGAUGGAUACAUUGGAUCAUCGCAAAAGUGUAUUGAUGAUCUUUUCUAAUAUUGCGGUCAGUCUCAAGGUACACGACAUAUCAGUAGCAAGGGCAUUUGUUCGACUGAUUCAUGACUUUUUGACGCAUGGUCCUGAUACUUAUUACUCUCUGUUGGCAAUUGAAACUUGGGCAAAGAUUGCUGUGGGAUAUGAAAAUCAACAUGUUUUUUCGGCUCUGGUGAAUAGCGAUCCUGAAGUGGAAUUCCCUUGGAUGGAAGCGAUUUGGACAGAAUUGACGGCAGUAAUUCGAAAGGAUUUCUUUAUUGCUGAUGGUCGGGUACUUGGCAAUAUCACUAUGGGACAACUGGCCACUCUAGAAAUGGUGAUGAUGGGAUUAUACGAUAUCAAUAUGAUUGUAGACAAGGCAUCAUUCAAGGAUCGAUUACUUUUGUGCGACAAGAGUGCACCCAUGACAAUUUUACGACUCAGUAUCACAUUAGGCGAAAGUGGCAAUCAACAUUUCUCAGUGGUAACUCGACGUGGAAUGGAAUUGAUUCGCGGUUUACUCUGUGGUGGUGAUGGUGUACGGACCAGACGAACAGAUCCUCUGAUACGUGGUAUUAACAGAACUGAUCACAAGAACUCUGAUACUGCAUCUCCUUCAACCUUAUUAUCCCCUUAUGCUCAUCAAGUACUGGAUGUGACAAGUAUACGUGAAAAAUUGAUGAUGGCUUUGCUAAAACCUUCGACAGAUAGUGAAGUGUUGAUGGAUUUAGUGGAACUUUUAGAUUUAAUAGAAAAUGAUUUUUUUGCUUCAAUAAAAUAA